AUGCGAUAUGACCGCCUCGCCCGGCCUCGCCCGGUGAAGUCAGCCCUGACUGCAGCCUGCGGAGCGCCCGCCCGGUGUCCCCGGAGAGGGCGCCUCGGACGCAAGCGCAGAGCCCCAGGGAGGGGCGGGAAGCCGGAGGAGGGCGAGGGGGCCGAGGACGGCGAUGGGGGCGAGGCGGGGCGAGGCGGGGCCGAGGGGGGCGAGCUGGGACUCGGGGCCGAGGGGGGCGAUGGGGGCGAUGGGGGCGAGGCGGGGCGAGGCGGGGCGAGGCGGGGCGAGGCGGGGCGAGAGGGGCGAGCGGGGACUCGGGGCCGAGGGGGGCGGUGGGGGCGAGGCGAGGCGGGGCGAGGCGGGGCCGAGGGGGGCGAGGGGGGCGAGCGCCGGGCAGCCCGCAGCCGGAGAGAGCCGUCCCUCCUGAAGGCCGCGGCAGGUGAAAUGAGACCAGCGCGGACAAAGGGCGGGACGCAGAAGACUCCUCAGGAGCGACUUGGGAGCGGAGACCACUCUGGGGAAGCUCCGCUUCGGAUCCGCGUCUACAGACCCGGCGGCCUCAGACCGGGCGCCCGGGGAAGAGGCAGCGGCUGUGAGCACCGCGGCUGGUGCUCAGAUGGUGAGAGCACAGUGCUGAUGAGGUGGGCCCUGGGGUGGAACCCACGGUUGCCUCUGACUCCCAGGAGACCUGGCCAGCUACAGCGGCCCCCGUGGACCAGCAGAGAGACAAGAGAGGAGCUGACAUGGAGGAGCCGAGGCCCACUGGGGGCUCCUGGAGAGUCCGUCCGCCUGUGGACAGCAGCUCAGGGCUUCAUCUGCUUCCGGAGAGGAAACACCGCUCCCUAGACUGAGGCAUCGUUUGGUGGAGAGAGAAGGGGAUCCCAUUGCCUGUGAGGAGGACACGGCUCCUGGUGGGCAGAUUGUGAAGUUCAAGUCACAGCUCCUGGGAAAGUCUCUGUGUGUCAAGAUCUUGGGGGUGAGACAGAUGCAGGGACCACACUCUGCCCUGCUCUGUACCUCUGAGUCUUGAUCCAGCUGCCUUGUGACCAGGACACUUAGAAGAACCAUAGAUCCUGCAAGAGGGCAGGUUUGGAGAGUGAGAUGAGCACGCCUGAGGGAUUAGAGGGUAACUUGAACCACUGCCUUGCAAACUACGUGAGGAUGUGCAGGUGUGUGUGUGUGCUGGGGGGAUGUUUAGCAGCCUCAUGGAGGGGUAACCGACAUACAAGAGAACAAGGCUGGGCGCGGUGGCUCACGCCUGUAAUUCCAGCACUUUGGGAGGCCGAGGUGGGCGGAUCACCUGAGGUCAGGAGUUUGAGACCAGCCUGACCAACAUGGUGAAACCCCGUCUCUACUAAAACUACAAAAAAUUAGCCAGGCGUGGUGGUGGGUGCCUGCCGAGAUUGUGCCACUGCACUCCAGCCUGGGCAACAGGAGUGAAACUCCGUCUCAAAAAAAAAUUUUUUUUUGGAUCAAUUUUGACAUACGUAUGCACCUGCAAAACCAUGAGCAUAGUGAAGACCAGGAGCAGCACGACUCCCAAAGCUUCCUCGUGCUUCUUUGGAAUCCCUCCCUACAGCCCCUCCCACCCCACCCCACCCCAUCCUAUCAGCCACUGAUUUGCUUUCUGUUACAGUCAGUAGAUUUGCAAUUUCCUUAAUA